CCCGGAAGGAUCCGAUGUCUUUGCGCGCGCCGGUGCCUUCUUACCCGGCCGUGGGCCGCGGCGCGUUCGCGUCGGUGUACGAGCCCGACGACGACACCUACCUGCUGCUCGACGCUCUGCACCAGGCCCAGCUGCACCGAGCCGGGGUGGAGGUCUGCCUGGAGGUGGGGUCCGGCUCCGGCGUGGUGUCCGCUUUCCUGGCUUCCGUCAUCGGCCCGCGGGCCUUGUACCUGUGCACCGACCUCAACCCCCAGGCGGCCGCCUGCACCCUGGAGACCGCCGCCCGCAACCGGGUCCUCGUCCAGCCCGUCGUCACGGACCUGGUGGGAGGCCUGCUGCCGCGGCUGCGGGGGGCCGUCGACCUCCUCGUGUUCAAUCCUCCGUACGUGCCCACUCCUCCCCAAGAGGUGGGAAGCCCCGGGAUAGCGUCGGCCUGGGCCGGUGGCCGCGACGGCCGCCAAGUCACGGACAGGCUGCUCCCCGCGGCGGCGGAGCUCCUCUCCGCCGGCGGCCUCUUCUUCCUGGUGGCCCUCCGGGAGAACGGCCCAGGUAAGGGGGGAGCCGGGCGGGACUGGACUGGACGCCCCGGCGGGGCCGGCGGGCCGCCCCCUUCACCCCGGCCUUGGCUUCCAGAGGACAUCUUGGCGACCAUGGAGGCGGCGGGCCUGCCGGGCUCGGUGGCGUUGUCCAAGCAGGCGGGAGCGGAGAGCCUCUGCGUGCUGCGCUUCCAACGGCCCGCCCCGGGACCGCCGGCUUCUCCGAAAUAAAUAACGUCGAUGGUAUUCGUUGAGCACUUCCGACGCGCCGGGCCCCGUGGGACUCGGUCUCAAUCCCCAUUUGACAGACGGGGAAACUGAGGCACGCUGAGGCGUCCCACCUACGGGCUGGACGGGGGCGGAGCGGGGAUUAGAACCCAUGACCUUCGCGUUCUAUCCGCUGGGCCUUGCAGACCUCCUAUCCCACUCCUAUCAAUUUAUUAAUAAUGAUA